AGACUCAAACGCUGCCAUCGCAAAAAUAAUUUCGAGAAUACUGCAGCCAGGUCUUUUCUGGGAAGGCCUUUCCGAGGCAAAUGCAAGAGGUGUGCGGUGUGGGGUGCAAGCUUAUGGUGAAGCCCACACAUUUCUUGAGCCCUUUUCCAACAGCUCUGCAAUGGAGGAAGGCCAACCCUACUCAGGAGAAGGCAACCUCCAGGAAGGACAUGGAGUUACGACUGAGUUGGCUACAGCUGCCCAUUCAGAUGAGGAAGAUGGCUACAAAACCAUAACUUCACUUCAAGGAAACCAGGAACAGACAAAAGCCACCGAUCUCUCAGGUGACCAAAGCUCCCGAAGUCCCAACUCUUCCAUGACAACUAAAGAACUUCAGGAAUACUGGAGGAAUGAGAAACACAACUAUCGAGAAGUCAAAGUCCUCUUUGAAAUCCCGUUAGCCAAAAUUGUAGAGAAGCCUUUCUCUAAAUACGUGAAGUACCAAAUUAUCAUCGUCCAGACGGGCAGUUUUGACAGCAACCGAUCCGUGAUCGAGCGUCGGUACUCGGAUUUCGAAAGACUGCACACCAAUCUUUUGAAGGAGUUUUACGAUGAAAUGGAAGAUGUCACCUUUCCCAAGAAGAGCCUGACGGGAAACUUCACGGACGAAAUCAUAAUUGAGAGGAAAUUAGCCUUCCAGGAUUAUUUGCGGCUGAUGUAUUCCAUGGAAUACAUCCGGACGUCGAGGAUGUUUAUCGACUUCUUAAUAAGACCAGAACUGGAGGAAGCCUAUGGGUGCCUUCGGGGAGGACAAUACACCAAAGCUUUGGAGCUCUUUCUGGAGGUUGUAGCUCUGCAAGAAAAACUCACCAAGCAUAGGCCCAUUCUCUUGGUCCCAACUCUCUGUGCCAUCCUGGUGUGUCACAAAGACCUGGAAAAUUCCAGACACGCCUACGAAUUUGGAGAAAAAGCUCUACUACGCCUUGAGAAGCACCCUGGUCACCGGUACUAUACACCCCUCUUGGGAACCAUGAUUUCCUUAGCAUAUGAACUAGGCAAAGAUUUCAUAUCCUUCCAACAGAAGAUGGAUGAGAAGAAGGCCAAGAAACGCCCCAAUAAAACAGUGACAUUAAAAGAACUUGCAGUUCAAGAGUACAUACAUUGAGGGAAAGGAGAUCUCGGAAAAGGCACAACUGUGGGGAGUUUGACACUGCCUGGCAGUAGCUCUCCAGGGAUUCAGAAGUUUUUCUAGUUCUACCUGGAGAUGCCAGAGAUCGAAACUGGGAAGUUCUGCAUGCAAAGAGGUGCUUGGCCUUUAAGCCAUGGCUCCUCCCAAAGCUGUCCAGAGACCGUUGGUUGGCCUUGGUGCGAAAUAACAUGGAUCAGACCCCUUUGGUCUGAUCCAGCAGGGCUCUUCUUAUGUUCUUUGGGAGGUUCCCAUCACAAGCAGUUAGGAGUAAAGCUGAGAAUGCUCAGGUGUCUGUGUGGUGGGCUACCAAGCUUGAAGUUAUAGUGCUUCCUAGGCGGUGUAGUGUUCUCAAAGUUUAGGGCAGCCUUCUCUUAU